GGGGGGGGCCGAGGAGCAGCGAUCACGUGGUGUUAGGGACCGUCUCCGAAUUCCGUGCCAGCACUGCCGGCAAGUCAGGGUCUGGGGAUCAAUUUGGACCCGGAUCCUAUUUUCCUCCGAGAUCUCCGCUGCUGGGGUUGCCCGACACGACCCUGCAGUGACAGAGACGCCCAGGACUGAAAACGGAACUCAGUGGUCUGCGUUUCCUCGGUCUUUAUUUGAUGAUAAUAAAAUGCAAUUCUUCAAUGAGCUACUGACGGUGCCACGCAGCAAACCCGCUGACCGCCUGCGCGUGUUGCAGAGUCAAGGAAAUAGCACAUGCAAAGCGCGUGGUACAGCGCGGAGCCCUCUACAAAUAAGCGCACGGCUGUGUUUACAGACGUGGGCGCUGGGCCUCAGGGCCCAACAGCUAAUGGGCUGCAUAACUGGGAUUUGAACCCAAGAUUGCCUGUCUUAAUAGCCGCGUCCUUCCUUGGCUGAUGCCUCUCCCCACACACAGAGGAUUCAGCGCUGCUUUGCUUCACGUGGGUAAACUGAGGUCCAGCAGGAGCCGAGUUUCUUCCUCGGUACAUAAUCACUAACCCCCAAGUCCCCUCAUUCUGUUCUGCCCAUUCCCCUGGAGUCUUGCAUUCCAACCCGAUUUUCCUUGAAUUUUAUUCAUUCAUUCAACCUGCUGCCCCCAAGGGGCUGGGGCUGGGGCACGCUGAUCUUGUUAGUGCUUGGAAAGAUGAACAUGGCAUCUGCAGGAAGGGACUCCAGAGCCUAAACAACCAUCCCCCAGGGUGUUCCCCAUUCACUCCCCCAGCCUCAUUUAUUGGUAUCGCCUUAAGAGGGCGGGACCUGGAGCCACACAGCCACAGGAUUCAAAUUCUUACCUCACCACUUGACAGCUGCUAAGACCUGCGAAAGUGACCCAUUUGGGGCCUCUAUUUCCUCACGUAUAAAAUGGGGGUUCUGGGCUGGUGAGAGGAAGUGAUCCGUCUAGAGCCCUAAGCGAACAGUCCUGCUGGUGAAAACAACGCGCGACGACGGUCCAGCACCCUCGCCAGCGCCCCAGGGCGCGCGCUGUCGCGUUCCCUGUUUAACGAACCAAUAACGGAGGCUCAGAGAACUCUAGGCUCCUCCCCGAGGUCACACAGGUUGGAGGUGUAGCAUCCCCCAUUUGAACCGGGGUCUCUCUGGCUUCCAAACUACAGUCCGUCCUGGAGAGGCUCGCCACUCGCUCGUCCUUCAGCGCAAAUGUGAAGAAGAUGAAUGUGUGAGCUCCCAAAGCAGAGGGGCUUCCGUGCGCGGGGGAAUUUGCAGACGCUCCCUGCUGGCGGGGACGGAACGACGUGUGUCCUUCAGUCCGGGACCUUCAUUCGGGUCUGCCACCACGAGCAGGUAUAUUGGUGGAAGCCGAGGCAGCAGCGGCGACUGGGCAGGCUGCAGGGGUCGGCCGGGUGCGUGGUGGAAGAGCCAUGUCUGAGCCGCACCCACCGAGGGCAGAUCGCGACCUUUUCCGAGACACGUGGGUGCGAUACCUGGGCUACGCCAAUGAAGUGGGGGAGGCUUUCCGCUCCCUUGUGCCAUCAGCUGUGGUGUGGCUGAGCUACGGUGUGUCCAGCUCCUAUGUGCUGGGAGAUGCCAUUGACAAGGGCAAGAAGGCAGGAGAGGUGCCGAGCCCUGAAGCAGGUCGCACCACCAGAGUGACUGUGGCUGUGGUGGAUACCCUUGUGUGGCAGGCUCUGGCCUCUGUGGCCAUCCCAGGUUUCACUAUCAACCGUGUGUGUGCUGCCUCUCUCUACGUCCUGGGCACUGCCACCCGCUGGCCACUGGCCAUCCGCAAGUGGACCACCACUGCAUUAGGGCUGCUGACAAUCCCCAUCAUCAUCCACCCCAUUGACAGGUCUGUGGACUUCCUCCUGGACUCCAGCCUUCGCAAGCUCUACCCUGCAGUGCAGAAGCCCAGCUCUUCCUGACCCCACCCAGCACCUGGCCUAUGGGUUCACUUACUCCCUGCUUUGUUCCAACUUCCUCCUGCCUGGGGAUGCAGGCACUUGUUUCCCAGGUGCAUGAGGCCUUGGCAUCUGAAGUGAGUUUGAGCUGGACAGAAACUGAGACAAAGGCCGUAUGAAGCAGCAGCUGCAGUGAGUCACAGACAGGUGGAAACUGAACCCCAUCUGCUUCAGUGGAAUUUGUGAUACUGAGUGGGAGUGGAUCCUGCGUGGCCUAGUCCUGUCUUUUGUCUGGAAAAUAACAUCCUCCCAAGGAGGGUAAGGAGACUGAGGCCCAGAGAGGCCAAGAACUACAGUCAAGAUCACUUGAACCAGGAGUCCUAGCAGCUUGGCUGAGUCAAACCAGCUAAUGUCCUUGUCACAUGGGCUGGCAGGAACUUUGGCAGUAGAGGUGGGGGAGUGGGUACCUGGAGGGAAUGGGACACAGGACAAGUCAAUUCCCAGAAAGAAACCUAGUGUUCCAGAAGAACCAAAGGCAGGCCUGAGGAGGUUUACCUGGAGGAGGGUAGGUUUUGAAAAAUUUUGCCAAAACUGGAUUAAGUAAAUAGAAAUUGUCUUGUGAAACUGAAAAAGUCCAGAGUUGUGUUGCUUUCAGGCAUGGCUAGAUCUAGUCACCCAUACGAUGUCUUUAGGGAUUUGAGUCUCCCCAUCCUAUUAUCCUCCCCACCCCUGGCUGGAGGAGCAGCAGGCACGUGGAGAAACACAGUAAUGUAGGGCCCUGAGGACUGAUGCCACAGCCAGCCCAUCCCCAUCCCUAUGCAAGGGGUGCUGGGGCUGGCUGGAGGGCAGGACAGCCCUGGGGCAGACACUGGCCAGGCCCUCCCCCAGACCCAAUAAAUCUU